AUGAAACCUUGUUUAAAUCCAUGUUCCUGGACCUCUGCAUAUGUUCCAUAUUAUUUACAUACAAUAAAUAGAACAAAGUUGGAAAAUUAUUUUUUAAAAUUGCGAAAUUCUUCCCUCCGUGCCAAAUCAUCGGAUACAGGCAGUCGACGCUCUUCUACACCCAAUUCUUCCUCCAAAACGUCAACAAAUUCGAGAGAAUCAAGCAUUUGUUGUGCUAGAGCGCCAAGUAGGGAUAAAUCGUCUGACAAUAAUUCUGCGGUUGGAGGAGGUGGACGGUUAAAUAGUAAUGGAGGAGGAGAAAAUGAACAGGAUUAUAGUUUUGGCCCAACAACUCGACGUAAAUGGACUGAAUAUGUAAAUGAAAUGGAACAACAAAAGAGACGUCAAAGUAGUUGUAGUAGUAGCAAUGGAGGGGGAGGAGGUGAAAAAAAGGCUGCUGCUAAAGCUAUUUUAAAUAUAAAAAAUAAACAACAACAACAAUUAAAUAGUUUAUCCUCAUCUUCAUCAACAACCUCAAUUUCUAAUAAUAAUAAUAUUCCAAAAAUGUUAAAAAUUGUUAAGAAUUUUUCAAAUGUCGGAGGUACUCAAAUGUCCGAAAACGACAACAAUAAUAAUUUGGGAGGAAUUCCAAAACUUAGAUUACAACAAACAACAACAAUUAAAAAAGAAGAAGAAGAAGAAAACAUUGAAGAAAACAUUGAGGAAAACAUUGAACAAAACAUCAAUAAAAACAUUGAACAAAACAUCAAUAAAAACAUUGAACAAAACAUCAAUAAAAUAGAAACAACAACAACAACGACAAACAUGUUUGUUGAGGAAGAAAAAAUGGUUGUUGAGAAUGUUUGUGAUAAUACUUAUGUUGUGGAAGAAACAACACCUAAAAUAAUAAAUGUUGAAACAAUUUCAGAAGAAAAUAAAAACAUUGAAAAUAAAAAUGUUAAUGAACAACAACUUAUUAUUUCACCACGUUUUGAGCCAAUUUCUCCUGAUAAAAUAUCAACACCUACAAAUAAUAUUUCUAAUAUUUCAAUUAAACAAAAAACAACAGGAAAACGAAGUUAUGAACGUAAAGAAAGAAUAAAUUCAUUUACUACAACAACAAAAGCAAGUAGAGGACGACCACGAAAAUCUGCUGAUUCAUCAAAUAUACAUCAUCAUAGCAGCCCUAAAAUUCCUCGUUUUUCUGAAGAUGCACGUGAUGGAAUGGAAUUAAUGCAUCAAAUGACUUGUGCGAUUCAAAUGGGCAAACCAAUGGACGCUGCCUCUAUAUUAGCCGACUUAGCCAACCAAAAGGCUAAUCGUCAAUUACACGAACACCAACAACAAACACAAAACAUUGACGAACAAAAUCAACAACAACAUAAUUCUUGUUUAAACAAAGAUACCCCUAAAACAACAACAACUCACCAUUCAAAACAUCUAAAAACAUUUAAUAAUAACAAUUGUUUGUUUCCGUUUCCCCAACAUGAUAAAACAUCAACAACAACAACAAAUAUUAAUGUUUGCAGAACAUCAAUAAAACAACAACAAAAACAUCAGAAUAACGAAAAUUCCAACAACAACAACAACAACAACAAUUGUUCUUCUAAAUAUCCCGAACUUAACAAUUUUUUGGACACAAUUAAAAACGCUUAUGAAAAUUUCUUUGACGAAUUUCAUUCAAAACAUUCAAACAAAAACAUUGUUGUGAAGGAAGAAGAUAAAGAACAUCAACUACAACAUCUUCCUGAACAACAACAACAAAAUAAUGUUUCAACAAAUAAUUUUACAAACUUUGAACAAUUUCGGUCAAUAUUAGAUUCUACUCCUUUAAAAAAUUUAGAAUGUGAAGAAAUGGAGGAAGAUGAAGAAGAAGGUGGAAGAAGAAGAGUUUCCAGUAUGGGGGAGGAAAAUUCGACAUUUUACUCUGCAGAGAGUCGUAAGCGCUUUUUAAGUACUAGUGGAACAAGUGAAGCAAACAACAAUGUUGUUUUCAAUAAUAAAACACCGGUCAGAACAACAACAACAAUGUUGCAAAAGAAAAUAAAUAAUUUACAACAAACACCUAAAACAACAGAAACAACAACAACAAAUUUUAGCUUUAAUAAACUACAACCAGAAAAACAAUGUUCACAACAACAAAAACAAUCACGUUUGUUGGAAUUGCAAAAACGUGUCGGGGACAGGCGCAAAUGGUUAUUAAAUGCUUGGUCAGAAUUUCAAAGAGAAAUGCAAUUAUUUAAUACAGACAUGGAUAGUCUAGUUAAUGAAUGUUCACAACAACAACAAAAACAAGAAGAGGAAGAUUCAAACACUCAACAACAACAAACACAACAAAAUCAGAAUUUCCAAUUACAACAACAACUCGCCUUACAAUUAAUUACCCAACAACAAACACAACAUAAAUUAAUUGAAGCAGCCCAAGCCCAAUUAGCUAUUCAAGUACAGCAAGCACAACAAGCAAAUGCUGUAGCUGUUGUUGCUAAUGCCUUAAAUAAUAGUUCGAGUCCAACAAAUAAUAAUAAUAUUGGUAUUGGGCAGCAACAACAGCAAACAUCGACGUCUUCAAAUGCUGUUAAUCAAGUAUCAACAGUCACUAACCAACUAGAUUUAUUAAUUAAUGAAAUGCGUGAACGUUAUUCUCAACAAUUGACAGCCCAACAUUUAUUAAGCCAAAUAACCCAAUUUGGGUUAUUAAAUACUAUAGCUCCUCAAGAAAUUGCUGCAUUACAGUCGAUAGCAUCUGGGGCAGCUUUAAAUAAUGUUGUUCAUCAAUUAAGUCCUAUAGCUGCGGCUGCUGUUGUUUUACAGCAACAACAACAACAACAAAUGAGUCCUGUUUUAUCUUCCUCUAUUCCUCAACAAUCAUGUCCUCCAUCAUCAUCAUUAAUUACUCAACAACAACACCAACAACAAACAACCUCUAGCCCUUUAAAUUGUUUAAUUCCACAAAAUGUAACAGCCCCUUUUGUUCAAAAUUUUUUGUCAACUUUAGACAAUUUGGCAACAACAGAAAAUAAUAAUAUUAAUAAUAAUAUACCUUCAUCCUCUUCUAUAGUAAUUAAUGGGGAUUGUAGUGGUAGUAUUGGUGGUGGAGGAGGUCUUGGUGGGGGAGGAGGUCUUGGAGGAGGAUUAAAUUUAAGUGCUUCUCUUUCAAAUAUUUCUGGUGGUGAUAAUAAUUCGGCUAAUAAUUCUAGCAAUCAUUCUUUAAAUUCUUCAUUAAAUACUUCAACAAAUUCUCAACGACAACAAAGACAUUCAAUAGGAAAUUCUUCAUCAUUACAACAAAUUAGCCAAAAUUUUGUUUGCCAAUCACAACAGAAUAAAAAAUCAGCUAUAACAACAGUACAACAACAUAUAUCUAGAGAAUCUACUGUUGCUGAGGUUGUUGCUGAAGUCGCAGCAUUACCAUCAACAAGUCCAAGAAAACCAUUCAAACCUAGACCUACAAGAAAUUUAAAUAAUAGUGGAAAUAAUAGUGGAGGUGGAGGUGGAGGAGGAAAUUUAAAUAAAAGAAGUAAUUCACAUUCAAAUAAACAUUUACAACAACAACAAGUUGAAGAUCCUAAAAAACAGGAAGAAAUUGAAAGACAAAUUCAGGUAGAUAAAAUUAAAAAAAAUUUUUUUUUGUUAAAAAAAUUUUUUUGGAGGAAAAAAAUUUUUUAAUUAAAAUUUUGGAUAGAAAGAGUAAAAAAAGGAAGGAAGAUGGAGGGAAGAUCCUUUUUACUAGAGGUUUAAAAAUUCAUAAAAAAAGAGAAGGGAAAGGAUCGCCUCGGUAGCCAUUCGGUUGAGCAGUCGUCUAAGCAUUGUUCUGUGCUGUUUCGGUUUUCGAGAUUUUAUUUAUUUUUUCUUUCCAUUUUUCGAAGAUUUUUUUGGUAAAUUACGAAACGGAAUAUUUAAAAAAUUUUU